UGCGCUUUAAAUUGAUUAACUUGACAUUGCCUUUUGAAGCAGCGAAACUACAACACUUUUCUAUAUUCAUAACAAACAUUGAAACAAAACGAAGGCAUAAGAAUGAAACAUGUUGUAUUUAUUCAUUUUUUUACAGUCCUGUUGGCUCUGGUAACUGCUUGGGAAGUUGAAAAUAUUUUAGUUUCGUCAAUUCCGUUAAAGGAUUUCAAGCAGCCUGAACAAAUACACAUAUCGUUCGGAGAUGAACCCACUAAAAUGCUAGUAACAUGGAGCACUAUGAAUGUUACCCAGAAUGCAACCUGCCUGUAUGGAAUCGGAACAACGAAUAUGAUUGCCAAAGGUUACACCAGAAAAUUUGUUGAUGGUGGACCACAGCAGCACACACAGUUUAUACACAGGGUCACACUUAUAAAUCUUAAACCUGGAACUCGAUAUGUGUACAGUUGUGGGAAUGGUGUUCUUAUGAGUGACUUGUUGACUUUUGUCUCAAUGAAGGAUGGAUCUGACUGGAGUCCAAGGAUAGCUCUGUUUGGUGAUCUGGGCUUUGUUAAUCCUCAGUCUGUUCCCAGACUUAUCAAUGACACCAAAAAGGGAAUGUAUGAUGCUAUUUUCCAUGUUGGUGACUUUGGAUAUGAUUUGGAUGCACAAAACGGUCAUAUUGGGGAUGAAUUCUUGAACUUGGUGCAACCAAUUGCUGGUCAGGUACCAUACAUGACAUGCCCUGGCAAUCAUGAAAAUGCAUACAAUUUCUCCAAUUAUAAAAACAGAUUUACAAUGCCAGGCGAUGAACACAUGGACAACAUGUUUUAUAGUUUUAACAUUGGACCAGCACAUGUGAUCUCAAUAUCAACUGAAUAUUUCUUUUACCUGUAUUAUGGUCUUAUGCAAGUGCCUAGACAGUAUGAAUGGCUGGAAAAUGAUCUCAAGGAAGCUGCAAAACCAGAGAACCGUGCCAAGAGACCUUGGAUUAUAACAAUGGGACACAGACCUAUGUAUUGUUCUAAUAAUGAUAAUGAUGACUGUACACACCAUGAAAGUCUGGUAAGAGUUGGUGUGCCAUUUUUACAUCUGUUUGGGUUGGAGAAAUUGUUCCAUCAAUAUGGUGUGGAUGUUAUGGUAUGGGCACACGAACAUUCCUAUGAAAGAUUAUGGCCAGUUUAUGAUCGAAAGGUUAUGAAUGGUAGUAGAGAUGAACCUUACACAAAUCCUAAAGCUCCAGUUCAUUUUGUCACUGGAUCUGCUGGGUGUCAGGAAAGGCAUGAUCCUUUUAAGAACCAAACAAUUCCCGAAUGGUCAGCUGUCAGGAGUUUAGAUUAUGGAUAUUCUAGAAUGCAGAUUAUGAAUAGUUCUCAUUUAUACUGGGAACAAGUUUCUGAUGACCAGGGUGGAGCAGUGAUCGACAAAGUGAUGAUAAUAAAAGACAAACAUGGUCCUUAUGAAUAGACAAAAGUAUUUUAUCUAUUUUUACAUGCUGCAAUCAAAAAUCUGUUUUAUAUGUCAGAAAAUUUUUAAUUUUUGUUUAUAUUAAACUUAAAUGAAUUGGAUGACAAAAUGUGAUUGACUUCUAAUGUACCUCCCAACUUAUAUAGAACUUAUCUCAUUGGCCAUUUGUAUUUAAUCCAAAGAAGUAAUAUUUUAUACAUUGUUACUAUUAUCAUAACAUCUUUACAAGUGUGUUAUGGUAUUAUUGAUCCCCCCCUUGAAUUUUGAAAUUUGAAUUAAAUUUGUGGUUCCAGAAAUGGUGAAAAUGCCUACAAUUAAAGAAUUAAAUCAUUUUGGCAUAUAUUAUUAAACAAGAACAGUAUAGAAUAUUAUAAAACCAUGUAGUUCUGUGAAAAAAAUAGAAAAAAGUUCUGUAUUUUAACAUUUACUCUGUGAAAUAAAUUGCUUCAUUGACAUUAUGGGUAUUAACAAUCUCACUCAAACUACUACAUAACUUGGUAUCAUUAACCAGCAUUAGUUUCAUCAGGGUAUAUCAUUGAAAAUAAUAUAUGUUCAUGCAAGUAUUAGUUUAAACAGUAUUUCAUUCAAAUAAAUUGAAUUGGACUGGGCAACAGGCAUAGCCUAUGUAAGCCCUCUCCAUAUUUUUAUUAUAUUUCCAAGUAUUAUUUCUUUCCUGUUUUUUUUUUUUAAUUUACAAAUUUUUGAAAAGCAAUAAAGAACAUUAAAAUCAUUUUUUAGUGAUUUAGAAGAAUUUAUUAUACAUAGAUUUGAAAUGUUUUUUUAUAUAAAAUAUGAUUAUAUAAAAAAAAAAGUAUAAAAACUAUCCUAAUGCUUAUAUACUACAUGUAUUUUGAUAAGAUAUCAUUUUAAUAUUUCACAAACUAUUUUCUAUGAAGAAAUUUUUUUCAUCUAUUAUUCAAAAUUUAUUUUAAAUUAUCUACAGUAAUACUCAGUUGUCCAUUUCACAAUUAAAAUUGAUUAGAAAGUUAUAUUUAAACACUUGUAUCAGGUUUUCAGAUAUACAUUCCACUUUUUUUUAAUUGAAUGUACAGAUAAUCUAGUAUUAACUGAAACCCUUACUAAACCAGACUAGCUCCAGAGUAUCUUUAUAUCAAUUCCAACUAAUUUUUAACCAGUAUAAAGAAAAUACUUGUCUUAAACAAACAAAACCCAAAGCCCUUUAGGGGAAUUGUUUAGACAUGUUUCAUUCUAAAAAACUGAAGUUUUUUCAACAUGAACUAUUGAAGUCAAUAAUUCUAAAAUAUGAUAUGAGUUUAGGAUAAUAAGACAUGAGGAAACAGUAUCCACAGACUUUUCAAACCUAUUAUUUAGGCUCUAUAGUUCUAUUGAUUACCAUCAACACUUUUUAAUAUCGGACAUUCUAGAAGGGCACUUUGUAAGAGCCAUCACUACUACAUUAGGAGAUUUUGUUUGUUGAAAACUUGUUUUCUAUGUUGUGUUUUGUAUACUGUUGUUUGUUUUUUGCCAUGUCAUUGUUGUCAGUUUAUCCUCCACUUAUGAGUUUGAGUAUCUUCCACCUCUUUUUGGGGAAAUGUUACCAAAAAUCAACAAGGUCAUACCAAUUUAUUUUUCUUAUUUUGAUUUUUUUUGAAAAUAUAUUGGCAGAUGACUUUUAAAUUCAAAUAUUUAAUAGAUACUAUUUGGAAUAGUCCAUGAUAGAUACUGAUUCAAGGAGAAAAAAAAUUGUUUAAAAAUAAUUAGAUAAAAUGAUAUGAUACAUGCAAUAAGGCAUUUAUCUUUUUCUUACAUGCUACACCUCAUCUUCUCUUACUAUUCUCUAUCUAACAAAUAUUGUUUACAGUCAGUGAAUCCCUGCAUGUCAUAAUAUUAGUUUAUUUUUGUUUUCAUUUGACUUUUAUUAUACUAUACAGCAUUGACAUAUCCAAAAGUAACCCCAAUUUUCCAUAACCAGAAAAGAAUUUGUAAAUAUUUUAUGAUGGCAAAAUAAUAUACUUGAUUUGUACACUAACAAAAAAUGGUUUACUUUAAUUAAAUAAAAUAAUUUUUUCAUUAAGUAAUUAUUGAUCCAUUUAAGAUAUAGACAUCAUGUAACUACUAGGUUAUGGUAAUCUGAUGAGUAAAGUAGUGUAAGAGAAGGGAAACAUUAUAGAAUCUUUUUAUACUUUGCUGAAAUGUUUUUUUGUAUCAUGUAAUUUAUAAAUUAUCAUAAAAAAAUAUGUAUCCCCCAGUUUUUUUUCAAGUUACAGGUUAUUUAAUAUCCCCAUACUUAUAUGAUUGCUGCUUCUAAUUUAUUUAAUACUUCCAUUCUACCUAAAUGUUUCAUUGUAUCAUUUAUAAAAGUGGAAUAUUUAUAUGAUUUUCAUAUGAGGUGAAAGGGAGAAAUGGAGAAUGACGGGUAAUCCUCUCUAUCACUUCUCCUUAAAGUGAUCUUAAAAAGUCAGAGUAAUGUGAUAUGUAUUGAUUUUUGUUUCUAUAUAUUUGAUGUUAAUAUAUAUGUUGUUCAUUCUUUCUUUGUUUUGAUAUUAUAAACUACAAAGUAUUAGUUAAUAAUAAAAUAAAUAUUACAUUU